UACAUUUAUGUUUUUUUUAGCAUUGAAAGUUAGUAAGUUGGCAUGAUAAUUUUAUGCACUUAAGUUUGGACAUGUUACAAUGAUUGAAUGUCAGGUUACAUGUUCUUCAGAGUGAUUAAUGCGUUUGUCAGUGUAUACAAUACACAAAGGAAUUUAAAUUUUAUAAAGACAACUUCAACAGGUCAAGGAAGUAAUUUCAAACAUGUCUUCCAGAUCUGCAAAUAAGGAUAAAACACGCAGAGAAAGUAAAGAUAAAAAGAGGACCAAAGAAACAGAGAAGAGUCAGAAAAAAGAAGCUGCAAAAAUGCCACGAUCCAGGUCAAGGAGUCGGAGCAGAAGUUUCAGCAGGGGACGCAACAGGGGGAGACAACAGAGCCGAAGCAGAAGUCACAGCAGAAGUUACUCCCCAGAGGAAGGAUACAGAAUACAUGUGGCUGAUCUAGGAAUGGAUCCAUCCAAAUCAGAGUUAGACAGAGCAUUUGAAAAAUUUGGACCGUUACUUGAAGUUUGGGUCGCUAGAAAUCCACCAUGUUUUGCUUUUAUUGUUUACAAGUACAGAGAAGAUGCAGAAAGAGCUGUUCAGGACAUGGAUGGAAGAGUUUUGAGUGGAGGGAGAAUACGGGUAUCUUUUGCCAGACCAAGGACCAGGGGAAGGAGGAGACGAGGGUUUGACCCAAAUCUACGUUGUUAUACCUGUGGGGAAAAGGGACACUUUUCAAGAGACUGUGUAGAAAUCUGGAGACAAAGACGCAGGAAUAGAAGCAGGAAAGUGGUACUGGUAAAAUGUGUCAGAUCAAAGAGUGGUUAUGUGAUAAUGGUAUUGGUGAUGAUUGGUCAAAAUUUGAAUUUGAAAUGACAUGGUUUAUGAUUGGUUCCUCUGUGUGAAGGAGCCAUUUGAUUGGUUGGGAAAACCAUUGUAAUGGUUGUAAGUGAUGUGAUGAGAGAGAAUGUGUCAUUGAUUUGUGUCAUAUUGGUUGCGUUUGUUAUUAUUUAUAGCAGGUAACAGGUAAGUAGAGACAAAAAUGUGUGAACAAUUUAAAAAAAAAAAACAAACAAAGAGUAAAUUAGUAAAAAGCAAAAAUUGAUAAUGGUGAUUUUGAGUGAGUCACUGUGAAAUAUAUCACACUAUAUCAGCAGUGGACAUGGUAUGUUCUUUGAUCAGCAGAGGUCAUGGUAUGUUCGUUGAUCAGCAGUGGUCAUGGAAUGGUCACAUUAGCAGUGGACAUGGUACAUAUGGUCAUAGAUCAGCUUUGAACAUGGUAUGUUCAUUGGUUAUGGUAUGGUCAUACAUUAGCAGUGGACAUGGUACAUAUGGUCAUAGAUCAGCUUUGAACAUGGUAUGUUCAUUGGUUAUGGUAUGGUCAUACAUUAGCAGUGGAGAUGGUAUGGUCAGAGAUCAGCAACAAUGUUUCAUAGUGACUCACUCAUCACCACCAAGUUCCAUUUUAAACAGAAGCACUUUAGAAGCACUAUAAAAUCAAUUUUAGUUUCAGAUAAGUAUUCUUAUCCAAUCUCCUUCCAAGUAUGACUUUGAGGUUCAUAAACAGGGACAAAAUUUUGCCUAACUUAUGCCGGUUUCAAGUUAAAAAUAUCUUUUAAUGUAUUCUAAAAGUCUUCUUUUGGCAAUCUAUGCACCCUUAAAGUUAUAAACUGCAAAUUGAAUAUAAAAAAACAUUUGAAGUAAACAUGACUAUCUAGAUACUACAGGAAUGUGUUGACUUAGCUAAUUGUAAAUACAUUUUGAGUAUUCAGAGAUAGUUUCAAAUAUUUGUCCCUGUUUUAACCUCUAUUGCCAUAUUGACCAUUUAGCUUUGUCCUCCUGGUAGCUAUAACUUCCAAAAUAAUCAGAAAUACCCCCUCAAGUUAAAAGAGUGUUGAUAACAAAUGUUUAUGAUUAUAAAUGUUAUGACUGUGUUUUAUAAGUAUAUGAUAUAUGAUUUAGUAUGACCGUUUACAACACCGUCUAUGAAAUAAUUGACCUAAUUUGUAAAACGUGCAUUUUACAUUUAUUAUUUUUCUGUCUCAUUUCAAUCAUCAAUCAUUAGAAAUAAAAUGUAAAAUCAAGGGAGAUCUCCAUAUUCUUCAAUACGUUAUUAAAAGUGCAAGAAAACUUUGAAAGAGUCUUUUCACUUACCUAGUUCAAUUUUUUCUGUAGAAAUUAUUUGAAGGAUCGACUGAAAAGAUGGGAGUUAUGAAAUUUUAAAGGGUAGUGGCUUUCAUAUUUCUAGAGGUAAUACAAAAUAUCAAAUUUUAAAAGGAUCACCCCAUAAUUAAUAUUAGGGUGUCCCCACUAUACAUAAACCCUCAGGGAAUAAACCAAGUUCAUUUUAGUCAAGUCGAAUAUAAUUUAAAAUAAUACCCUUAAAGAUUGACCACAAAAUACACUGUAUAUUGAUUCUAAACUGUAUUGGUGGCAUUGAUAGUGGGUAUAGUUGGCAAUUAUAACUUCUGUUAGGAAAUGUUUUCACAACAAUAGAAAAAAAAACAAUAGACAUGACACAUAGGAUCCAUACCAUUUGAAAAAACUGUAACAGUAGUGAAAGUAAAUCUAGAAAAUCACUUCGAACGCAAAAUUUAUUAAGUGUCAUUUUCAUUACAAAUCAUUAUGAGGAACCUUGAUUUUACAGUUUAUUUUAAAGAAGUCAUAUGUAAACAUUCUCAGUCUGUUGCAUGUAGCUUGGCUUUAUAAACAUGGUGCAGGGAAUGAGGUAAAAAUUGAUCAUUUGUUGACUGUUCUUUCAUUGUCCCCCAAAUUUAAACUUAAAAGAAACAGACUUUUUUCUGAAAGUUUGUCUUUUGCUUCAUCAGAAAGUGUUGCCACUCAGUCAACAGCCAACCUAUAACUAUUGAGAAUGCUCCUCAUAAAAUUUGGUACUUUACACAGCAACAAAUGGAUUAGUGUUUUAAGAAAAGCCUCAUUAUUAUUUAAGUAUAAACAUGGAUUUUUUUCUUAUGCAGUGUUAAAACAUUGGCAAACCGCUAGCAGUAUUACAGCAAAGAAUUCAGAAUUAUAUAACUAAUGUUAAGUGCCUAUGCUUAUAAAAUAUUAAGUGUUGAUAAACCUGUUUGAUAGAAUCAGCAACCUCUAGCUCCAGUAAUCAACUUUAAAGAAUUGAACACUUGUAAGAAGAUUGACGUGUAAUCAUUGCUUUAAAAUUUUGAUAUAUAGUGAUAAAUUAGAAAAGAUAUACCACAUACAGAAUAAAAUAUACCAUAUUUGAAAACUUAAGUAUAAGGUUUUCUUUGGGCAUAUAAUUCAUUUUUUUUAUCCUUUUAAAUCUGUAAACAAUCAUUUUGAGUAAAAUAUUUUUGGUUGACAGAAAAUGAUAAUACAUUUACUGUGCUUCCCCCCUUCGGUUAAGAUGAAUAACAAUUUUUAAUUUGCUUCUUGUUUUACUGAGAAAAUUAAAAAAAUUUCCCUGG